AUGGUGGGAACAGCAUUUGCUUUCUCCACAUGUGAGGAAAUCCACUUUUGAAUUUCUUGCUGCAACUGGACUUCAGUUUGAUUGACAGUCGCUGUUCCUGCUAUGCACGUCUUGGCCUCUGAGGGGCAGUGUGGUGCACGCAAUGCGAUACACACUUGCGGUAACCAUGUAGAAAAUCUCACCAUCGAAUAUUAUGAUAACUCGUUUUUCAUAGUUUGACGAAUAUGUGCCAGAGAGUGUUCUAUUGCCUGGUUAGCUGUGUUUGUACAGCGUUGGUGUACUAAUCAUUAUUUUGAGAGAAAUAAGCGCCGCUAGCCAACUGCUAAUUUCGUAGCUCGUCAAUGGUGUUUUUCCUUUAUUGUGUUAGCUUUAAGCUAGCGAUUUUUGUGAACGAAAACGAAGAAAGAAGCGAAGUCUUUGGUAUAUUUGAACAUUCAAUAGGUGCAAUUAUUUUGUUCUUUAGUCAACUUCAAGUUGAGUGUCAAUAAACGACUUGAAGCAAGCAACAUUCACACCUGCUGCUUGCUACUAUGUUAGCACCUUAGCAAGCUGUUGUCGUGAUCACGUGGGCUCUGGACGCCUUCCAGGCGCUGCUGGGUUCAAGUGCUGGAGCGCCGCAUGGACUGGACUGCUUGUACACCGUCCUAGCCGUUACCACGGCAAUGCCGCCCACUCCAGUUGCCAUGGAGACGGCCGACAUCGUCGUGGUGGUCGUCUACCUGCUCCUGGUCAUGGCCGUCGGAAUAUGGGCGUCCGUGAGGGCUAAUGCCAACACAGUGGGCGGGUACUUCCUGGCCGGGCGAUCCAUGACGUGGUGGCCUAUUGGCGCAUCUCUGAUGUCCAGUAACAUCGGAAGGGGAGCAGCGGGUGGCAUCGCUGUGGGUGGCUUCGAGUUAAAUGCAGCGUGGGUCCUGGUGGCUCUGGGCUGGAUCUUCAUCCCGGUGUACGUGGCGGCCGGGGUGGUGACCAUGCCCGAAUACCUGGCCAAGCGCUUCGGAGGACGCAGGAUCCAGAUGUACGUGUCCGUCUUGUCCCUGGUCCUCUACAUCUUCACCAAACUAUCUACAGACCUUUUCUCCGGAGCGUUGUUUGUUAAAGUUUCCUUCGGCUGGAACCUGUACGUGUCGACUGCAAUUCUGCUGCUGGUCACGUGUGUGUACACUGUGGCAGGAGGUUUGGCGGCUGUCAUCUACACUGACGCAUUCCAAACUGUCAUCAUGGUGGGAGGAGCCCUCACGCUCAUGUUCAUCGCGUUCUCCAGAGUGGGCUGGUAUGAGGGUCUGACGGACGUUUACAUGUCGUCCAUUCCCACGGCGACGGCGGCCAACACCGCCUGUCACCUCCCUCGCCCCGACGCCUUCCACAUGUUUCGAGACCCUUUGUCCUCAGACCUGCCCUGGCCGGGACUCAUCUUCGGACUCACCAUCAUCGCAACCUGGGUGUGGUGCACUGACCAGGUGACAGUUCAAAGGUCCCUGGCUGCGCGUUCGCUGUCUCACGCCAAAGGAGGAAGCGUGUUAGGAGGUUACCUCAAAGUAUUCCCCAUGUUCUUCAUUGUCAUGCCAGGCAUGAUCAGCAGAGCACUGUUCCCAGAUGAGGUGGCUUGUGUGGAUCCAGCCGUGUGUCAGCGUGUGUGUGGAACUCCGGUGGGCUGCUCCAACAUCGCGUACCCCAAACUGGUGGUGGAGCUCAUGCCAGUAGGUGUUCGCGGCCUGAUGCUGGCCGUGAUGUUUGCCGGCCUGCUGUCGUCGCUGACGUCCAUUUUCAACAGCAGCUCCGCCCUGUUCGCUCUGGACCUUUACCGCCGCUCAGAGAUGGAGCUCGUGAUCGUUGGCAGGGUGUUCAUCCUGGUGCUCGUGGUCGUCAGCAUCCUGUGGAUUCCCGUCAUCCAAUCCGCUAACAGCGGACACCUGUUUGAAUAUGCCCAAUCGGCGGUCAGCUUUCUGGCUCCGCCAAUCACCGCCGUCUUCGGCUUAGCGGUCUUCUGGCCGCGUAUCAACGAGCAAGGUGCGUUCUGGGGCCUGAUGGCGGGUCUGGCGGUGGGCUUGAUCCGGAUGGUUCUGGAGUUCACGUACGAGGUUCCGGCGUGCGGCGAGCCCGACCUCCGUCCCUCGGUGCUGACUCGGGUGCACUACCUUUACUUCGCCAUCUUCCUGAUGGCGCUGAGCUGCUCGGUGAUGGUCGCCGUCAGCUUGGCCACGCCGGCCAUAUCCGCGGAGCGCGUGAGCUGCGCACGCACGCACGCACGCACGCACUUUGUCUUGUCGAGCAACCAAUGUUGGCGAACUUGCUUUCAAAACGGUGAGACGUAACGUUGAGACGCCAACCCAGAAAGCAGGAGUGCAGCGUACAUAGCGAGCCGAGCUGCGACAGUCGGAUGUGAGGUCGGCCUGCUCAGCUCUUGUCAGAAUAAAGUAGUCUGUUGUUAUUUGAUUCAUUGUGAUUCAAAUCCAGAAAUUCCAAAUGCCGCUUCGCGUGACGACCCAUUCCUGCGCAGCCUCGCCCGAAACCGCUUGAAAGCUUCUUUUGGAUCAUUAUCCUGCCGCAGAACCCAAGUGCGCGUCAGCGUGAGCUCACAAACGGAUGACUGAACAUUCUCCAUCCAUCCAUUUUCCGUAGCGCUUCCCCUCACACAGCUGAGAAUGUAACACUGAAACCGUGUGUGCGUGUGCGCGUGCGCGUGUGCGUGUGUGUCAGUUGCGCAGAUCGACGUGAUGGUCGAGACAGCGCUUUGCCUCGCGGGGAUCUGAACGGUGGCGUAAUGACCUGCGGAAAACAAAACUUUUGUUCUUGGAAAAUAAGAUUAUUUCUUUGGAAAAAAUGUUUUCGGAAGAUUUGUUUUCUCAAAUUGUUAAUAAAAUGAACACUUUUUUUUUUUUUUUUUUAAUAAUAAAAAUAUUUUGGGAAAAAAUUGCCAAUUCCUGAUAAAUGAAUAAACUUUUCUCAAAAACAUAAAUAAAACAAAAUCCGAAAAAAUAGCUUUUCUUUUUUCCUUUUUAGAACAUAUUGUUUUUGGAAAAUAAAAACAUUUUCGUUGAAAAUUACUUUUCAUUUGAUGAAAACAACUUUUCCUGGGGGAAAAAAUGAUAAAGAAUUCUUGAAAAAAGCUUUUCCCUUAAAAUAGAAAUAUUGUUUGAAAAAAAAGAUUUUUGGAAAACAAAACAAAUUAUGGAAAAACUACUACAUAUAUCUCCCAAAAUAUGACUUUGGUCUACAAAUGAUAGCUCCAACUUUUCUGCAAUUUCUUUUUAUAAAAUAACAAACAUUUUCUGAAAAAAAACCCAGCAUACUAUGCGCAUUGCUUGGGAAAAAUAAGCUUUUUUAAAAUGAAAAAACUAGUUUUGUAAACAGCUGUCAUCGGGCAGGAGGCGGGGUCCACCCCGAACUGGUUGCCAGCCAAUCGCAGAACUUGUACUCCAUUUUUGGAUUUCGGCUUGACUUUCUUUGGAACCUAUUUGAUGCGGCUCUUCAUGGGGUGUUCUCCAGGUUUUGGGUUCUUUUUUUUUGACUUAAGAGAUGCAUUGCCCAACUUGGGAAUUAUUUUAUUCAUUUUUGUCUCCCCUGAUCUUUUUUUGUAUUUUUUUUUUUGACUUUGCUUGAUGCUGCUCUUGACUGUUUUGUCUUGGUUCUUAUUGCCAUACUGACAGUUUCCCAUCUGCAAGUUUUUUGUAUUUUAACACUUGUAAAAUUAACUUUGAAUACAGACCAAGCUUUUUAGUGGACCGUGAACAUAUGCGUCUUUAUCCGAACAUGCACAAGACUUGACUUGGUUCUUCAGUUUUUGACAUGCUUCAACUCCUUUUACUUGAAUCCGGUUUUGCAUGUUGACUUGGAUCUAAAAUGUGUUGUUUGUGGUUCUCCUUUUUUUUUUACUUGCUACUUAAAAGAUUCAUCUCCAAACUUUGAAGUUCUCCCAUCAGUUUUUUUUUACGUUCGUGUAAAAUGUAACUUACUUGAAAAACAAUGCUUUUGACACGGUGGCUUUUUAAACGUGGUGGUUUUUGGCUCCCGCCGUUGAGGCGCCCCCAUCCGCAUAGUCGACGUUUGAGUUGUCGUCACUUUUCUGGUAACGCAGAACCGAGCAGCGAGGAGCUGUCUGGGACUCGUCCCGACCGCCCCACGCCGUCGUCCCCGGACAACCCGACGGCCGUGGGCACGAGG